CCUUCCAGGGAAGCUCACAGCCAGAAGGAAAAGUGUCGGAGAGACAAGAUGAACCAUCUGAUUCAGAAACUGUCAUCUAUGAUCCCUCCACACAUCCCCACAGCCCACAAACUGGACAAACUCAGCGUCCUGAGGAGGGCAGUGCAGUACUUGAGGUCUCUGAGAGGCAUGACAGAGCUUUACUUGGGAGAAAACUCUAAACCUUCAUUUAUUCAGGAUAAGGAACUCAGUCACUUAAUCCUCAAGGGUGUGAACAGUGACUGUCUGUGUGACUCCCCAUGCUCUGUCAUUUGUCCUUUUGAUUACAGCUGCUUUAGUGACCAUAGAAAAUUCCACACCGUCCAUUGCACUGGAUACGUGAGAAGCUGGCCUCUGAAUGUUGUUAGCAUGGAGAAAGAGACGGGUGGUGGGAAAGACAGCUGUCCUCUUACCUGCCUUGUGGCUAUGGGACGGUUGCAUCCAUACAUUGUCCCUCAGAAGAGUGGCAAGAUCAACAUGAGACCGGCUGAGUUCAUAACCCGCUUUGCAAUGAACGGGAAAUUCGUCUACGUUGACCAAAGGGCAACAGCAAUUUUAGGAUAUCUGCCUUAGGAACUUUUGGGAACUUCAUGUUAUGAAUAUUUUCAUCAGGAUAACCACAGUAGUUUGACUGACAAGCACAAAUCAGUUCUGCAGAGUAAGGAGAAAAUACUUACAGUCUUGUACAAAUUCAGAGUGAAGGACGGCUCCUUCGUAACUCUGAAGAGCAAGUGGUUCAGAUUCACUAGCCCUUGGACCAAAGAGCUGGAAUACAUCGUGUCUGUCAACAUGCUGGUUUCGGGGCGCAGUGAGACCAGGCUAUCUUUGCUUCAGUGUGGCAGCAGCCAGUCCUUGGAAGACUCAUUUAGACAAUCCUGCAUCAAUGUGCCUGGCAGAUCCACGGGGACUGUCCUUGGUGCUGGGAGUACUGCAACAGAUAUUGCAAAUGAGGUUCUGAGUUUACAGAGGUCACACUCCUCAUCCCCAGAAGAUGCAAACCCUUCCGAAGAAGUGAGAGAUGACCACAGUGUAAACGAUGGGCGCACCCAUGGGCCUGUGAGUGACGUCAUUGUCAUUGUGUCAGGACCAUUCUAUGAAGAUACAUGGACCUUUCUGCUGACUCAGUCAUCUUAA